AACCCGGAAGUAGUCGUGGGUGCGGCGCUGUUUAAAGAUGGCGGCGGAGGAACCUCAGCAGCAGAAGCCGGAGCCGCUGGGAAGCGACUCCGAAGGAGUUAACUGUUUGGCCUACGAUGAAGCCAUCAUGGCCCAGCAGGACCGAAUUCAGCAAGAGAUUGCUGUUCAGAAUCCACUGGUCUCCGAGCGCCUGGAGCUCUCUGUGCUUUACAAGGAGUACGCGGAAGACGACAACAUUUAUCAACAGAAGAUCAAGGACCUACACAAAAAAUACUCCUACAUCCGAAAGACCAGGCCCGAUGGCAACUGCUUCUACCGAGCCUUCGGGUUCUCCCACCUGGAGGCCCUUCUGGAAGACAGCAAGGAGCUGCAGAGGUUCAAAGCCAUCUCUGCCAAGAGCAAAGAGGGCCUGGUAUCUCAGGGCUUCACUGAGUUCACAAUUGAGGAUUUCCACAACACGUUCAUGGACCUGAUCGAGCAGGUGGAGAAGCAGACCUCCGUGGCUGAACUGCUGGCCUCCUUCAAUGACCAGAGCACCUCCGACUACCUGGUGGUUUACCUGCGGCUGCUCACAUCAGGCUACCUGCAGCGUGAAAGCAAAUUCUUCGAGCACUUCAUUGAGGGGGGACGGACCGUCAAGGAGUUCUGUCAGCAGGAGGUGGAGCCCAUGUGCAAGGAGAGUGACCACAUCCACAUCAUCGCGCUGGCACAGGCCCUUGACGUCUCCAUCCAGGUGGAGUACAUGGACCGCGGCGAGGGUGGCACCACCAACCCCCACGUCUUCCCGGAGGGCUCGGAGCCCAAGGUGUAUCUACUGUACAGACCCGGACACUACGACAUCCUUUACAAAUAGGUGGGAUGGCGCCCCGGGCCUUGCCCGCCGCCGCCUGCCCCUCCCCCCUCUCCCUGCUAACAGGCGUUAGACGUGUACAGAGGUUUUUGUGGUUGUAAAUGGUAAUAUUUCACUCCCCCUUUCCCCUCCCUGUCACCUAUGACCUUGCGUGUUUUAUUAAAGGGGAUGCUGGUGGAGAGGCCACGUGUGCGUGCCCGUGUAUCGCUGCUGUGUGCGCCCUGGCUCUGGCUGCCCACUGCCUGUUUCAUGCUUCUCCUGGGCCUGGGGCCCCUUUCUUGUUUGUGGGGCCCUUGUUCCAGGUCUAGCCAAGCCUUGAGGGUUGGGGCAAGUCCAGCUCCCAGCAGCCAAACCCAGGAGGAGAUGGCCCAUCAGGGUGGGGGCGCUGAGGGGGGCCACCCUGCACAUUCUUCCGCUGCCCUCUGGGGGGCUUCUUCCAAGGACCAUCGUGCUGGGAGAUGAUGCACUGCUUUUGUUUCAGUAACUGGAUCUCCUCCUGAUACCACAGCCCCCUUCCCUUGGGGUCUGCAGGGUCUUUAGCCCUAACUAACUGUGCUUCCACGUGGUGGUCUGCCUGCCCUGGUGCUGACCCAGGUUCGAUCCCUGCCAGACACUCGGCCCUGCAGAUGGAGGGCCAGGUGAUGCCUUUGGCCCUGGCCGGGGAGGCGCCCCCGGCUGCCUCUGCUCUCCCUUUUACUGCUGCUGCUCCUGUCCUGGUGCCUGCCUUGGUCUUGCUUCUUAGAAGGUUGGCUUGUUCUUAGCUCUGCCCCCAGCAGAGGGCACUGCCACUCUGUAGCAGCAUGGUGCAACCCCAUCCUCUGUGCCCUGGCUGCUGGGGUAGCAGGGCGUGCCCCCCUGGCACUUCUCCCCCCCCCCCCAACCCUCUGCAGCGCCGUCUCCUGGUCCUGACCCGGGGGCUUCACCAUCAUCCCCAGGCCCUAGGUGGGCACCACACCUCCAAGAGGCUGCCUGGCCAUGGAGGGGAGGAGCCCGAUGCUCUAGCUGCCUCCAGCCUACCCAGCUCCCCCGAGCUCUUGCCUUUCUCUCCCUCCCCUGCUUUGGCUUGCUGGGCCUCAGCCAGUGUUUUUCUGUUCUCUUCUGAGUUCUCCAAUUCUUCCAGCAAGGGGAAGGGCGGGUGGAUCUCCCUCUCCCCCACCCCCAGAGCGCCGUCCGAGCCACAGAAAACCACCCCCCUCCCCCAAAGAAUGGUUUGUCUGUCUCCUCUUAGACUGUAAGCCCCACGAGGGCAGGGAGCGUGGCUGUGUGUUCUGUGCAACUGUAUUGCGCCUCAAUAAAUGUGAACUAAUUGUUGGCAAACAGG